AUGGCAAAUAUGUUUUCAUUUAGCUUUGCAUUGAUUUCAGUGAUUGUUUUUUGUGCCAACAGUGAAAGAGUAGCCUUUCGUUUAUUCCCUUCGGAUACUUUUGAAAAAACUGCUUUAUUUGGUCGAUUCCAAGAAGCAGUCGAAGAUACCAAUCGAUUAUUACAACCUGUUAUUGAUUCUUUUUCUAAUGACGUCGUACCUGAAGUCGAUCAAGAUCGAUUUACAUCAAUCUCAUGUUAUCGUGUUCGCGCAAAUAUUAAAAAUGCUUAUUUACCAGAUAAUACAAAAUAUUUUGUAUGUCGUGAUGAAUAUCGUUAUGAAAUUUUUACAUGUCCAAAUGGUGGAAUCUUUAAUGAAACUGCAAGAGCUUGUAUUGAUUUAUGUGAACAAAAAAAACCUUGUUUAAAUCAAGGACAAUGUAUAAUCUUACCUGAUUUAAAAUUAGAAUGUGUUUGUCGACGAGAUUGGACUGGUGAACGAUGUGAAAUACCAAAAAGUGCUUGUGUCAAUGAUCCAUGUGGUGAAGGUAAUGAAUGUCGAAAACUCAACGCAUUAGAUUAUUCACAAGAUUAUGUUUGUAUUUGUGGUAAACAACAAACUUAUGGCAAAAGUUGCGAUCGAAGUGUACCAAAUCCUUGUUUAACAAGUAAAACACAAUUUCAUCCAUUUGCAUUUAGUCGUCAUGCUUAUAUUAAUUGUGAUAAAAAAACUAUCUUUUUUCAACCAUGUAAUUCAAAUCUUUAUUGGGAUCAAGAAAACAAACGUUGUGAUCGAUCAUUACCAGAUUUAUUACGUUCACCAUUUAUUAGUUUAAUAACAACAAACGAUGAUAAACAUUAUGAUCAUAUUAAAUCUGCUCAAUGGCAAAAUAAUGUUGUUAUGGAAAAAUCACAACCAAUUACUACCGAUCGAUCUGGACAAUGGCAACAAAAUAAUCAAGUUUCAAACAUGAGAACACCAUCGAAUCAACGUUUUGUUUCUCAAACAGAAUCAUUACAAGAUUCAAAUCAACAACUUUUGAAUAAUCAAUAUAUGGAAACAGCAACAGUACCACCAAAAAUAUUUCAUUUACAAGGUUUCUCAUCUCGAAAUUCUAAAGGACAACAACCACAAUGGUCAAACAGUGGAAAUGAUCAAUUCCAAGCAUCAUCAGAUUUUCAAACACAAUAUACUGCUCAACCCCAAUCAUGGCAAGUUUCAAAUCAACAACAACAAACACGAACAGGUCAAAUGCCAUCAUCUAAUUUCGAAACAGAAAAUGGUAAUGCAGCUGCAUCACAGGGUGUUACACAAUCUUUGUUUGGAUGGAAAUCUAAUCCACAAGGAUCUUCCAAUAAAAUGAAUGAAAAAUCUACUUUCGAUUCGAUGCCAACAGUUCAAUUAAAAUCAUGGAAACAAUGA